UGGGAUUCUGAUUAUCUAAUAAACCCAAGUCAUCUUCCAAAUUCUAGUUCUUUUACCAAUAAUGAAUUAGAUAAUAUAGAUGAUCAAUUUUCAGAAAUUAUUAAAUUAGGAAGUCAUAGUAGCAAAGAAAUUGCUAGGCAAGUAAAAUAUCGAUUAGAAUUUGAAGAAUACCCUGAGACAGCCUCGGAUAGUAUUGCUUGUAUUUACAAUGUAUCUGGCAUAGACCCAGAAAAAGCACGUGAAAUAUUUGACCUUAAAAAUAUCCAAUACUCUUAUAAAGAGGGCACAACUCAUGACAAUAUUUAUU